AUGAGUGCUUUGACUAUCCAAGAAGUUUCUCCCUCUGCGGAGAGUAACUUGACGUUUCGGACCUUAACCAACAAUGAAGCCAUGCUUGAGAAAGAAUUGCCGAUAGGCCACAUUAUGGUUGAAUUUCUUGCAUCCGCCAUCAACCCACAAGAUUUACUCGUCAUGCAGGGAAAAUACCCUGUCAAGCCGUCCUACCAAGUUGAUGGUGCAAUGGUGGUAGGGUACGAUGGAGUCGCACGAGUGACUCGUGUUGGGAGUGGCGCGGAGCUUAGCGUUGGCGAUUUGGUAAUCCCUGCGGAACACGGACUUGGUACAUGGCGCACUCAUGCUGUUGUGCGUUCUUGCGAUUUGACCCGCAUUCCUCCUGGUAUCGACCCGUGCGCAGCUGCUAUUUUGCGGAUGGGCGUUUCCCCAGCGUAUUUAAUUUUGGAAGACAUGGCGCACUUGUUGCCUGGGGACUGGAUCAUUCAAAACGCUGCCAGCGGCGUCAUUGCGCAGAUGGUAGUUCAAUUUGCAAAAUUGAAGGGUGCAAAUGUCGUGAGCAUCAUCCGACCACACAAUACGGAGGAGGAAACCAACAAACUAAAGCGAGUUCUCGAAGACAAUGGAUCUAAUAUCGUCUUAGAUGAAAAAGAGCUGGAUGUAUGCGGAGGGAAAGUUCUGAAGGACCUGCGGAUUACGUUGGCUCUCGAUGCUGUCUUUGGGCGAGCGGGCAGUACCUUGACAAAGUUUCUUGUUGCCGGGGCCACAUUCGUCAAUUAUGGAUCUCUUGGAGAAGAUGCACAACAGGGUCUGAUGGUCACGCAAGAAGCCCUUUUCUGGAAGCGCAUCACAUUCAAAAAUUUCCGCCUCUCCGACAGUUUAAAGCAACGUUCCUCUAACGAAAUCAAGGAUAUGCUCUCUUGGUUUGUGGAUUUGUUCGCUCGGGGUUUGCUAAAGCUGCCAUACAUGAAGCGUGUUGAGUGGGACCCGAGAAGCCUAGACCUCGAAAAUACCUUGAAGCGGGCCGUUUUUCGCGCAGAAUCGAAACAAGCCGGUAUAGCGAGAAAGCAAGUCUUUGUUUUUCGUUCAGACUGA